AUGGAUGCAGAAGCAGCAAAGGAAGUCCUGGAUCUGGUUCAGAACCAGAUCAGCUCCAUCCUCAUACGCAAACGCCAGAGGGAGGAGGCCGCUCUCGAGCACGAGAACGAACAGCUCAAGCUUGAACAAAGACAGUUACAAGACGAGAACGAUCAACUCAAGCGAGAGAACAAUCUUCUCAAGGGUGACAACCGUUCUCUCAAGGACGAGGAUCAACACCUCAAACAGCGUCUGACAUGCUCGAUCCAAAGAUGCUUCCAGGCCAACCAAAGACUGGAGAAACUCAAGCAAAGCAACAAGGAGCUGGAUGAAGAGGUCUUGCGCUUAGAAAACGACAAGAAGCAGCGACAUGAGGCGUGGCUCGAUCUCAACUGUGCCCAGAGAUCGUUGAACGAAGAGGCCAAGAGACACGCACAAACUAUCAAGACACUUGAAGAACAAGUCCACAAGCUUAAUCGAGAAAAGCAGAGUCUCCAACACAGACUAGAGCAAGUGGAACAGUACGAGGUUGCUUGCAAGAAAACAGUGUCCAAGUUGAAGAUGAAGCUGAGUCUGGCACUCGAAGACCUCUCUGAGUUUGACAGCAAUCUCGGCAACGAUACGCUCCUCGAAGUCGUAAGAUACAUCAACAAAGAAGGAGACCAUUCUGUGAUCGAGAUAGAUUCAGACUGA